AUGGCCCCCAGCAACCUCCAAUUCCGCCCAGCAACUGCUGAAGACGCGGGGCAAAUCCAGCAACUUGUUGAAUCCGCGUUUCGCGCGGUGGAUAGCAGACCAGAUUGGACCGGGAAUACAGAACUCGCGUCAAACUUUCGAAUCGGUGUUGAAGAAGUAAUGCCUAGGAUUGUCAACCCUGACAAUGCUGUUCUGAUGGCCUUGGACGGCGCUAAUAUCCUAGUCGCUUCCAUCGAGGUCUGUAAGCGCGGCAUUAACUGUGGCCGCCUUUCCAUGAUUGCAGUCAAUGAACGAUAUCAACAAAGCGGCGUUGGACGAUUGAUCCUGGAGUAUGCUGAAGCAUAUUGUCGACAGGCUUGGAACGUGGAAAAAUUCUCACUGAACGCACUUUCGACGCGCAAGGCACUUAUUGAGUGGUAUAUUCGUCGAGGAUACCAGAAGACGGGAGAAACAACACCUUUUCCACGAGAAAAAUUCAGCAGUAUGGAGUUACCCGACGAUAUUUGUUUUAUCGAAAUGGAGAAGGAUUCCAACAAUAUUAGUGAAUAG